AUGAUGACCGCUGGCGUGGUCAAGGAGAGGACUCGUGAAGGAUUCGUCAUUCAUAUUGACGAGUGGCAGUGGGUUAGUCCUUCCCAAGUGAAGCGUUUGCUGAGGGAUUGGGGUUAUAGGCAACUUCCCCUUCUUGAGGCUGAGCCUGCUUCAACACGGGACCAAGAGCGCAAGGGACACGCGCCUGUUCCACACUCUGACUCAGAGGCUUCGGAAAGCCCAGCGCGCCUUAGUGUUGAAGCUGAGGCGCCUGGCGAACGCCCACCUGCCCUCAACAGGCGGGGUCGGCGAGCCCGUCGGACCCGUUCGAAGCGAAAGCCUGAAGUCCAAGUUGCGAAUGCGCUAGAUGAGGUGCUGUGCACAGACGACUUGGAGGCUGACCCUCCGCUUCGCCGCAGCAAAGCGACCUUCCUGUCGGAGGGACUCGACAAGUUGCGCCAGCAGCUGGGGCACAAGGAUAGCGCCCAGGAGCGUAAGAGAAGCCAGGACACUGCAACGGCCCUUGCUGAAAAAGCAGCGUCGGCUGCCGCCAAGAAGCCCCCAGCCAAGAAGCCUAGAACUAGCGGUUUAGCUGCAAGUUUGCGCAAGGCCUUGAAGCGGGAGGAAACUGCAACGGAUGAGGAGGCGGGAGAUGAAGGUGAGGAAGCCGACGAGGACUCAGAAAUCUUCGCAGGCCUGCAUAGUCGACGCCAGAAGCUUAGGACGCUGGCCAAGCUGCAGCCUGGCAAACUUCUGGUUGCCGGCAUGCAGAACUUCGCAGAGCAGUUGGGACAAGCAUUUGGGGAGGCGUCCGAUGAUCCCUUGCGCCCGCUCGCAGUACGUUAUCUGCUUUCGGUUGUUGCUCCGACGUACCCAGGACAGACCCUGUCUGACAGUGACUACCGGGAGCUUAGGAGCUUGGCAGAGAUGCUUGACCAGCUGGUCCGCGGGGAGACGGCCACGUUAGGCGAUUUCUUGAUGCAGCGAUUCAAGGCAAAGCUUAUGGCAACUCGCGAUGCCUCAUGGAGUGCGGCCAAGUAUCUAGAGCUGAUUCCCAUUGAUCCUAUCCACCAUGGCACAACAGUGGAGGAGGAGGAAUGGGUACGUAAUUUAAGGAUCCGUGAAGCCAAGCUGGACGAGGACCGACCCGACCCCUCCUUAUCGCGACCCAGCCAUGCAUCAAGGGUCCGACAACCUGGCAGCAGCCAGGAGCACAAAGCAGAGGAAGACCUGCAAGUGACCGUCAGCAAGUUUCCUCGGGUGAGGCCUCCGCCUCCUGCCCGUCGCCAGCGCAACGAACAGGGCCAGGAACUCAACGACACUCGCCGGCAAGUCACGUAUGCGCAAGGGACCAAGACUGCCAAUGGACCGGGGCGGUUAGGCCAGAGCCACAAUCCCGGAAAGGAGCACAGGCAGCCUGGUCAGCUCGCACUUCCGGCUCCAGCUGGAACAGAAGCCCCUGCCGGUCGGAUGAGCGCAUGGAAAAAGGAAACUCCUCGCAAGCAAGGGGAGUCACGCCGCAACUGGAAGAAACGAGUCUUCCAGCAACACCUACAGGGGGGCAAAAGCAGGGAGGACAGUCCACUCAGCGUGGACAUGGACGAUCUGUAA